CAGUUUGGAGAAGUACUGCAGUGAGCUAAGAAGUCCCAGACCUUAGCAGCCAUGUCGGCUCCGAACUGGGGGGAAAAGCUCCAGGAUGAGCUGGUUUGUGCCAUCUGCCUGGAGCCCUUUAAAGACCCAGUGAUUCUAGACUGUGGGCACAAUUACUGCCAAGCCUGUAUCACUGGCAGCUGGGGGGCCUCGGGUACAGGCCUUUGCCCCCAGUGCAGGAAACCUCUCCCCGAGGCGGCGCUGAGGCCUAACAAGCAGGUGGAGGCGGUGGUGGGCAUAGCAAGACGCCUAGAAGGACAAUGCAAGAAACAUCGAGAUGAUUUGAAGCUCUUCUGCAAAGAGGACCGGACCCUCAUCUGCAGGGUUUGCAGAGAGUCUCGAGAACACAGAGCUCACACCGUCAUUCCCAUUGAGGCAGCUGCAGAGGAGUUGAAGGAGCAACUUCUGAGUCAUCGGGCUCGUGUUCAGCGUGUGAGAGACGAGCGAGGGGGACGGGCAGCUGCUGAAGAAGGGAAAUAUCGAAUUCUACUGAAACAGCUAGAGCGCCAGAAGCAGGAGAGUUUGUCUGAAAUCAAGCAAGUGCGCCAGGUUUUGAAGCAGAGAGAGGAGCUCCUGCGUGACCGCCUGGAAGGCACGAUACAGGACCUUGGGAAGACGAGGAAUAAAAGUACCAACAGACGUUCUGAGGGGCUAUUACAUCUCGAUAACCUGAUAGCUGAGAUAAAUCAGAAGUGCCAGCAGCCAGCGAUUGAGCUGUUCAAGGACAUUGACAGCACCUUAAGCAGGUGUGAGCAGGUGAACGGUGAGGAGGAGGCGCCUGUUGAUUCUUUGACUGAAGUGGAGAGCAGGGUGCAGGCUCUCGCGGAAAGCCAGACAGUUCUACGUGAUCUGCUGGAGAAUUUCAGAGUGGAAUUGGCUCCAGAAUUGGGUCCUCUUGAAAACAUCUCGUCUGAGGUUCAGGGACAAGUGAGUGGUGAAGACCCGACGGAGGAUGUGCCUGACAGCCCUAAAGAAGAGGACACUUCUGUUUGCCUGCUGGAUUGGGAGGAUGACAAACUCAACUCAGACAGCUGUCAGAAGCAAGAAGCUGUCCCUACUGAGAGACAGAAUAAUGUAACUGACUUCAUAAAUGUUGAGCCAGAGGGAGACGUAGAUGCUGAAUAUUUAGUGUCUGAGCCUGUUCCAGACAUUUCAUUCAUGAGUGGGGGUGGUACCUUAAAUCUGCUUGACAAGAAACGGGUGGGACAUCGUGGUCCAGGUCACUGGUUUGACUCCAAGCUCAGGAGACGUGGUGCAUGGAAGAUCGUAGCUGCUGUCGUAGCUGCAGUUCUACUUGCAGUUCUCCUUACCGCGGUGAUUGCUUGGUCAGCGUCAAAGGCCAGUGUGACUCCUCCCGACAGCCCUGCCGCCUGCUGCCCUGAAGAGUGGAUCGGGUACCAAGGAAAAUGUUACCUUUUCUCUGAGGAUGAAGCAGACUGGACCUCGAGCCAACAUUUCUGCUCUUCCCACGGUGCCUCCUUGGCUUGGCUUGACACCCGGCAGGAAAAGGAUUUCUUGAUGCGACACAAGGGCUACCUUGAUCCCUGGAUCGGCCUCAGGCGGGAACUGGGCCAGCCCUGGAAGUGGCCCAAUGGCUCAGUAUUCAACCACCCGGUUGAAACAGGAGGAGGAGGAGGAGAAUGCGCCUAUAUGUACCAGAUCACUAUCAGCAGUUCAGAGUGCUACAGACGGAGGAACUGGAUCUGUAGCAAACCUGAUGAGUUUGCAAAGAGAAAGAUUGCCGGACGCCGCCGGAGGAGCCGGUCAGCCGGAAGGGACCCAGAGCAGCUGCCCAGCACACCGCCGGCAGAGUGCCCCGAGGAGCCCGUGGUGCUAGACACCGACCAGACGCCAGAGGAGCCAGUCAGCCGGAAGGGACCCAGAGGCGCUGCCCAGCUCACCGCCGGCAGAGUGCCCCGAGGAGCCCAUGGUGCUAGACGCCGACCAGACGCGGGUGCCAUGGCCGCAAAAGGGGGGAUAGAAGAGCUGCAGGAGGCUGUGAUCUGUUCCGUUUGCCUGGCUUAUUUUAACGAUCCGAUGAUUCUCAAGUGUGGACACAACUUCUGCCGACCCUGCAUCACUCAGUACUGCAAGGAGUCCAAAACCUCACCCCCGUAUCGCUGCCCUCAGUGCAGGGAACCCUUCCGGGAAGGGGAGUUUCAGCCUAACCGGGUGCUCAGGAACGUGGUGGAAAUAGCCAAAAAAAUCCCAGCGCCAAGCGGGGAGCGAGCGUGUGAAAAACAUAAGGCGCUUUUGCAACUCUUCUGUGAAGUGGAUCAAACCCCGAUCUGCCUGGUGUGCAGAGAGUCCCGCAGCCACAGAGACCACCCCGUGCUUCCUAUCGAGGAGGCAGCCCAGGAUUACCAGGAACAAAUUCAGAGACAUUUGGAGAGUCUGAAAAAAGAGAGAGACGAGAUUCUGUCGUAUAAAUCGAGUGGGGAAAAUACAAGCCAGGAACUGCUGAAACAGCUAAAAACUGGGAGGCAAAAGAUUGUGGCUGAAUUUCAGCAACUGCGCCAGUUUUUGGAGGAACAAGAGCGACUCCUGCUGGCCCAGCUGGAAGAGCUGAAUAAGGAAAUUGAAAAGAGGAGGGAUGAAUAUGUUGCCAAACUAUCUGAGGAACUAUCCUCUUUCAGUUCCCUGAUCAGUGAGAUGGAGCAGAAGUGCCAGCUGCCAGCGAGUGAAUUCCUGCAGGACAUCAAAGGCACCUUGAGCAGAUGCGAGAGGGAGAAGUUUCAGAACCCAGUGGCCUUUUCUUCUGAACUGAAAUGGAGACUCUGGGAAUCUUCUCAAAGAAAUGCAUCUCUGGAGACCAGAAUGAAGGAAUUCACAGACUCACUCUCGUCUAGACAGCGAUUUGACAAAGCGAACGUGACUCUGGAUCCAGACACGGCACAUCCCCACCUCAUCGUGUCUGCGGAUCGGAGAAGUGUGAGAUGGGAACGCACACGGCAGCACCUGCCUGAGAACCCUGAGAGAUUUGACACUGAGCCCUGUGUGCUGGGCUGUGAGGGAUUCACCUCGGGCCGACACUACUGGGAGGUGGAGGUGGAGGUGGGGAGGGGAGUCUGUGCUGUGGGGGUGGCCAGAGAGUCUGUGAGCAGGAAGGGACGGAUCAGCUUUACCCCUGAGCAGGGGAUCUGGGCUGUGGAGAGCAGGGAGGAUCAGUACUGGGCUCACAUGUCCCCUGCACAGAGCAUCCCCUUCCCCCCGAGCCGGGGACCCCGCAGGAUCCGGGUGUAUCUGGACUAUGAACGGGGGCAGGUGGCGUUUUUCGAUGCUGGUACCGGGGACCCGAUCGUCACUUUCCCGCCGGCCUCUUUCGCCGGGGAGAGAAUCCGCCCGAUCUUCCUCUGGGCUCUUGGGAGUGUGCGGCUCCUCUAG